AGAGAGAGAAAAUGGUGAGGAAAUGUUCCCAUUGUGGCAAUGUGGGUCACAAUUCAAGAACUUGCAUCAUUCAAAAAGAAAAGAUUAGAGGUAAAUUUAAGCUGUUUGGAGUUCAUCUUGAUGGAGUUUCAUCUUCUUCGGUGGCGACGGUGGCGGGGGCGGCGGCGGCCGCCUUGUUGAAGAAGAGCAUUAGCAUGGAAUGUUUGCCAUCUUCUUCUUCUUCCUCUUCUUCUUGUGAGAAAUUGUCAAAUGGGUAUCUCUCAGAUGGGCUCAUUACCAAAACCCAUGAAAGAAAAAAGGGUGUGCCAUGGACGGAAGAAGAGCAUAGAAUGUUUCUUGUUGGGUUACAAAAGCUUGGAAAAGGAGAUUGGAGAGGAAUCUCGAGGAAAUUUGUUACUACGAGAACUCCGACUCAAGUGGCUAGCCAUGCACAAAAGUACUUUCUUCGACUCAAUAGUCUCGACAAAAGAAAACACCGCCGCCCGAGCUUAUUCGAUGUAGCUACAAGGGACAAAUUCAGAGUCCAAGUGGUGAAGGGGAACAAUUCCAAGCCAAGCAACCUGCCUCCAUCCAUUUCCUUUGGGAUUCCAUCAAAUUCAACUCCAAUUCAUAAUCAUGUUCAUCAAAGUUUAUUGCCCAUUUGGUUUGGUUAUGAAGAUCACAAGGCAUUCAAAUUCCUUGAGAACCCCAUCAAAUGUUCGAGCUCAAGCAGCCAUUUUCAUGGGAAACAGAAGACAAAGAGCCAUCAUCAAGCUCCUGAUUUGCAGCUGAGUUUGUCCACUCCAAAGCCAGUAGAGCAAGCUGAGCAGCAGCAGCAUUGCUGCAGAAAUAUACCCAUUAAUGGAGCCAUUUCAGUGACGUGAGGACCAGCGCAACUAAACUAAGAAGCUGUCUUAUUGAAUAUUGAA